CACACAGGUCCUGGUGACUAACUCGGGACCUCAUUCUCUUCACUUCUGAUUCCCACAGGUGAUACUUAAAUACCUAUGUGGUUUGGCCACCAUUCACAAUGGAGUUUCCUGACCUGGGGAAGCACUGUUCAGAACCGACUUGCAAACAACUAGAUUUUCUGCCAAUCACGUGUGAUGCCUGCAAACAAGAUUUCUGUAAAGACCAUUUUUCCUACUCGGGUCAUAAGUGUCCCUUUGCAUUCAAGAAGGAUGUGCAGGUGCCUGUGUGUCCACUCUGUAACGCCCCCAUCCCAGUGAGGAGAGGUGACAUCCCAGAUGUGGUGGUCGGCGAGCACAUGGACAGAGAUUGCACCUUUCACCCCGGGAGGAACAGAAACAAGGUUUUCACACACCGCUGCUCCAAAGAGGGAUGCAGGAAGAAGGAGAUGCUGCAGCUGGCUUGUGCCCAGUGCCAUGGCAACUUCUGCAUUCAGCACAGGCAUCCUCUGGACCACAACUGCCAAGCUGGGAGCAGCUCAGUCAGCAGAGGGAGGUCUUCCGCAUCCAGAGCUGCUGAGCAGAAGCCAUCGGGAGUCAGUUGGCUGGCCCAGCGACUCAGGCGGACAGUGAAAUGACGGGGAGGCUCCUGUCAGUGCUGCACCCCAGCUCCUUUCUGUUGACUUUUAAUCUUGGUGACGUGGCCUCCGGCACUUUCCUGCUUCUCUGGAGUCUGGGUCUUUAUGGAAGAGUCUCCCAUUGACUGCUCAAGUUAGGAUGAGGAGAUGGCUCAGUGGGUAAAGCGCUUGCCUCACAAGCAUGAAGACCUGAUAGCAUCUCCAGAACUGGAUGUUGUAAUCUCAGCACUUGGGAGGUGAGGAGAUGAAGCUCCGGGGCUCUCUGACCAGCAGCCUAGCCUUAUUGGAGAGUUCCAGGCCAGAAAGAUGCUGUCUCAAAAACCAAGGUGCACACUUCCUGCCGAAGGACAUCAGAAACUUACGUCUGGCCUCACACACAAACACAUGGUAUAUAAUUAUUUGGUAAAGUAAACGAGGCUGUUGAGCAACUUACUGAGCUGGGUUAGGUUACCAUAGCCAAAGCUGGGGACUUGUGUAAACCUCCUUAGUGGUUGGUUUGGUCUGUGCUAAACCACUCCAGGACUUGGUAUUCUGGAAACGUCUGUCCUUUAACAGAUAAGAGCUACCAUCUGCUCUCUGUUCUCCUCCACAUGACUUUUGUAAUGAGGUGCCUUUGGGGCACAGUCUGCUCAUGGUCCCCAAGAACAAGAGUUGGUGUGGCACCCUUUCCUGACCUCUGGCUGGGCUGCUGUAGAGGGAGGGUACAUACUCUGCCCGCAGUGAUGUCUCCAAGGUUGACGUAAGCAACCAGCUCCUCCCUGCCACGGCUCCAGGCUCCACAUGCCUGGGCUCAGGCUGGGUUUGUUUUUUGAGACAGAGUCUUACUAUGGAGCACUGACUGUCGUGGAACUCACUCUGUAGACCAGUCUGGCCUUGAACUCAGUGAUCCCCCUGACUCUGUCUCCAGAAUGUGGAUUCACUUUUAACUCCCAAGAAGAGCAGCAAGAACUGGGCGCCAUUUCAGAGCUGUCUAAUUUUGCAAUGGAAGCUUCUCAUGUUGGAGCACCAUAGCAGCAGGCUGAGGGUGUCCUUGGGCACUUUGUGGAGCAGAAACCCAGACAGAAGAAGACCAGUGGCUCUGGGCCUCCGGGUGCAGCCACAGUCACUCCUGUGCUACCUGUGUGGCCUGACCACAUCUACCACCAUGACAGUGUUGAGGAAGAUGCUUGGAGGUACUCUGGUGACCUCCAUGUAAGGGUUUACCCUCACUUCCCAGGAGCUUGAGUAUCAGGGGUGACAUGGGACAAACCACCCGAGCUGCGUUAGACCUUCACCCUUCGUUCAGACAGCCUUUAGGACAGUUGACUGCAUGAAUUCCAUACAUAGCAGCAUUAUGCAGAUUCUGUGGCCUCUGGCUGUCAUGGACAGGCAGGGUUGGGUUCCACUCUGUUCUCUAAAGACUUGACUCUGUCCUAAGCCAGUGCCUCUGGUCACAUCAGUGCACCAGCCUGCUUUAGUCCAGCUCUAGGCUCAUCAGUGCCUCCUUCUGUCCCCAGUGUUUGGCUAGAUCUGGGGGGUGGGGACUUGGGUUCUUAGAACAAGGUCUCUGCAGUGGUGCUAUGUGGGGACACAGACAAACCAUUCUAUUGUACUUGCACUCCCAGGUGACAACCACUCACCCUCAUGCAGUAGACACUUGAGAUGUAGCCUGCAUAACAAAGCUUUUAAUUCCACUUCAGUUUUUUUUUUAAGAAUGUAUUUAUUUUA